UAAUAUUAUAAAACAUAAUUUUACAAUUCCUCAAGAUGGCGCUCUGACGUCACUAAGGUAAACUGUAAUGGCUGCCACAGAAGACUGACAGGUGGUUGACUAUCGUUUAUCACUUCACAUAUUUAAAAUGGGUGGAAGCCAUUCCAACUCCUCAUCAAAAGAUGUGGAGGAAGGUAGAGUUCGACAAAAUCCACAAAAAAUCUAUGGUUUAUCACGCUUGAUGACAGCAAAGGCUGAACACAACCAAACAGUUGCUGUCAAAGGCUGGGACAAACAUGAUGAAAACAUGAAAAACACACAGUUACUGAAGGGGUUGUACAAGACUUUAGAUCCGACAAUGAUGAAGGUAACACAAGAUGUCAAAGGAGAAAUACAGCUUUCAUUCAAGUAUGACUUCAAACGCAGUCUGCUUCUAGUGAAGGUCAUUAAAUGUCGUGACCUGAGGAUGAGAGACCUGCGGACAAAGAUGCCUGAUCCUUAUGUCAGAAUGAUCCUGAUGCCUGAUGAGGAAGAUAUGGAGGCCAAGAAGACUGGUGUAGUUCGCGGUGACAAUGAACCAAGGUUUGACGAGAUUUUUGCUUUUCGUCUUGAUGAACUGGAGUUAAUGAGUUUAAAAAUGAUCGUUGAUGUCCUAGAUGAUGACAUCACUGGACAAGAUGACAACCUAGGUCAGGUCAUCAUAGAUCUCAAUUCCUUCAACUUUAAAGAGAGUUCCACCCAUACAGCCUGGUACAUGCUGGCUAGAGAGACUGACUUCACAGUAGCUGGGGACCUAGAAAUCACUCUGGCCUUUCAGCUACCCAACAGUCUGUGGGUGACUGUCCACAGAGCAUCCAAUCUUCCUCCCAGGUCUGAUGGAAAACCAGCUGAUGUUUUCGUCAAGAUAAACAUUCCUGGAACUAAGAAGUUCUUCCAAACUCAUGUAAAAAAACAGACUUUGGAUCCUGAAUGGGAGGAAAGCUUUGAGUUUGAAGUAGCCAAAGAGGAAUUUGGGAUGAGACAGGUGAUUUUUCAUGCAAUUGAUGAGGACAAGGAAAGUGGGAAUGAGUCGCUUGGCCAGGUGGUCAUCAAUCUGGCUGACUUUGACCCCGACAGGGGACUGUACAGAUCAGAAAAGCUUGCUGACCUGAGGUCUACCAAAUGUUUGAGGAGUAAAUGGGCUCAGCACAGUGUAAUGCAGGAGUUCCGACAGUCCCUUUUGGCUCAUGCUCAGAGCAAGACCCCGAAAAUCUUGUAUGGCCCUCACAGAGGACAAACGGUAGUAAGCGUGAGCUGUCGCAAGGCAGGCGCCUGUGGUAAGAUUCGCAUGGUAGAGGGUAUUCCCAUCAAGUAACCGUGACGUCAAUCGGCAGACCGAACGGAAGGACCACUGGAUAACAAGGACGACUGCUCUGAUUCAUCAUAUAGGAAGCUGUCUAUUUUGAUAAUAUCCUCAUCUUCUUCGUUUCUUUUUUUCUCGUGUUUAUGAAUAUAUUGAAUAAUUAGUGUUUUGAUAGGUAGACACUAAACAUGGGCGACUCAAAUGACGGCAUACCACGUAUAAUAACACAACAGUUGUAACAUUCGGAUAUCCCGCUGGCAGUAAUUUACAUAUACAAUAGGUGCAUUUGAGGAGUACUGUUAUCUACUACGGGUUCAUGUAAAGCCAAGGGCUCGGCCUAAAAUCGGACAAAUCAUACUCGACACGUGGUGGGAAUUACUUGUGUUUUGACGUUGUUGACGGAAAGAUCUAUAGUUGAUCUAACACGCCUAUUUAUCUGCACGAUUUUGACAGUUGAAGUCUUUGUCAUGGUAUUAAUGCAACGGGAAAACUUAAAUCGCUUUUGAUUAACUUUUGAAAAAAAUAUAUAAAAAAAAUCUUCAGGGAAAGCAACAGUUGUGAUGACCCAUCAACGCUUGCUUACAUUUUAUAACAAAAGACUAUGUCGAGAGGGUUUUAAGAACUACAUGAUUUUAUCUUUAAUGAAAUUUAGAUCAUCGUAGUUUUCAAAGAAAAUCUCACUAACACUAUGCUAACAAGUUACUGAUAGAGUUUUAGUGGUAUUAGCCAUUCUUCCAGAGGGAAAGAUUUGAUGUUGGUCCAUAAGAUUAAGAUCUUGGUAGGCCAUUUCGGUAGAGCUGUUGACAAGCAAAAUAUGGGGCUGGUGUUUGAGGCCGACGGUGUACACCGUUAUCUUCACCAGCUCUUGCAGAGAUUUAAUGCAUUUUCCAAAAGUUAAUAAUAUUCCUUAUCAGUAGAGUUGAUAGCUAUCUAUAGUUUUUGAUCCAAAAGAACCUCUUUGGUUUUGGCAUUUCCCAAGAAAAUAUUUUAUCAGAUGUAAUAGCCAUCUAAAUUUAUGGUUUGAUAUCAGUGGAUCUCCAGUUUGCUAUCAACAACUACCCUACUGUGAACAGAUGCAGGGUGAAGUGCAGUUAACAUGAUGCACCAUGGCUAAUACCAAUACCCCCACAAUGGGUGCCUUUAAUUCUGACAUUCCCCUGGUCUGGGGGUCGUAGAAAUGGUAAAUAGGGCGUUCCACUGGAGUCUUAUCACUGUGAGUUUUAAGACAACAACAGGUUUACCAAGAUCUAGUACAGAUCGGCGUGAUAUGGGUUUUUUUUUGUGGGGAUUUGAAACAAUGAAAUCUACGAUUUGCUGACUAAAACACUGAUUGGUCUGAAAGCACGAGAGAUAUGACCAACUGACCUAGAUUUAUUCAUUUUACGUCAUGGUCAGCAUGAUGAGUACCAAUCAAUAUGUCAAUGGCCAAAGUACGUUAAAUACAUGAAAUUGUUAUUUUAUUAUUUAACUUUUAAUUUUCUAUGCUUAAGAAAUAAUUAAGAAAUAUUUAUCUGCAGCUACAUUUCCGGGAUAUAUUUUCAAAGUUAUAUGUUAUAUAACAUGAUAUGGUUAUGUAUAUUAACUUAGUGUUCAUAGCAGUCAUGGCUUCUCUCUAAUAAUAUCCGCAUCGUUUUCACUUUGAUUUCAUGCAUCUUUCGUCGGACUGAAUACAUCUCGAUUGUUUGAUACUGAAAAUAGUAAUUACUUUUUGUAAUAUUGGUAAAGAAUAUACAUUUAAUGGAAAGUAAUUUGUAUGUAGUUCAAAUUUAUCUAGAUAAGAAAUUGUCUCUUAUUAUGUUGAUCGUGUUAUAAUGUCUCUUGUGUUAUUUUCGUUUUGAUAACUGCACGUUUCUUGAUAUAUUUUAAUGUGUAUCGUAAGACCUAAUGCUAUCAUCCUGUGUACAUAUAUAUACACGUGUUUUAAAACAGAGUAGGACAUCUUGAAGCUAUCCCAUUUUAAGCACUUUAUUUUUGACAUACGCAAUAUAGUCGUAUAAGAGGAAAUGCAUUUGCGUCAUUUGUACAAACGUGACGACUUAAGGUAUCAUUUCAUUUUACACUUAAUCUCAAGUUUCUUAUCUAAUGAUAUUAUAAUGUAACGCUUUAAUAGUCCCAUAUCACUGUGAUCUAAUCAAACCUAUGUUUACAUAGAAUGCAUAUUCCUUGUAUGAACGUGUAUAAUUCUUAUACAUAUCUUAAUGUUUUUAUUGAGUUAUACCCACCGACUUUGAACUGUGAUUUAUUACAGAAUGUUGUUGCCGUAAGAAACUGUUCAUUAUACAAUUGAUAUCUGGAAUUACAGUUUUCGUAUCUAUUCACUUUAAGACUAUUUCGCGUAUUUCUUUUUUAGCGAAUAUCAUUUCCUUGCAUAACAUCUAAAUAAUGUUUAUAUUGAAAUAACAUUGUCUCUGUAUCGACUCCAAUAAUAAUUGCAAAAAUUAAAAAGCAGAGUGAAAACAAAACCAGAAGUACAAUCCUUUGUGAAUAAUUAUUAUAAUCUACAUACAUGAUGUUACAUAGUAUAAGUAUUUUUUUCUGUUUUAAUGUAUCAAUAUACAAUUGUUUGUAUCCCUUAUUAGUCAACAAUCAGAACUCUUUCAUUUCGGUGUUAGAACCAACCUGGCCGAGGAGGAAAUAGUUAUGACGGUUGACUGAUAUGGAAGGGGCGAGACAACUGUUUUGUUCCUUAAUAAGUAAAAUAAUUAGAUAUACCCAAUUUAAAAAUCAGAUAAAGAAGACUCUCGUCUGAUAUGUACUCGAACCAUCCAUAAGCAGACGUCGGCAAUCGCGAUCAGAAAGACGCUUCAUCAUAACUGUUUGAAUGUUUUGGGCGCGUUCGUAUGUUCAACGUCGGUUAACAUUGUUGACUAUUAAACGGUCAACAUUUUUGACUGUUAAUCGACAUGUUUUCUAGCUUUUUCUCGGAAACAGUCGAACACACUUUAUUUACAUUUAAAUUAAAAGUCGUCCGGUAACAAUACUAUUUAUUUAUUUAUAGAGUUUUUGCUUUUCUGUUCAUUUUUUCUUAAUGUAAUUAUGAAAGUAGUUGCACGACGGUGAUUGUAUUCUCUUUCUUAUAUAUAAACGGACGUUCGGUACGACAUCUUUCAUUGUUAAUCGUGUUUCAUCAAUUUACAUCCUAACCUUAUUCAGUAAAUGUCUGAUAUGGUUAUUAGAAACGCUAUGAAACAGGGUUAGGGUGCUUAUUUUUACGAUGACAAGUGUGAACACUCCGUUGACAUUUUGCAGUUUCAGAAAGAAAGAUCAUAAAAAGUAGUCGACUAUAAAAAAAACGUUGAGUAUAUUUUUAUGUAAAGUGCAUCGGCGUUUUUUUUUUCUUUUUUUUUCUUUUUUUUAAAUAUUUUUUAUAGACACGACAUUGAUUUACGACAUUGAGAUGUAUUUUAUGCAGUUGAUCUGCGACGGUUAAGGCGUGUGAUGUAGUUCAGACGACUGUGGACAGCUGGCUGGCCCGGUAUAGCAAUAUUUACUGUUGAGCAUUCCAUAUAUAUAUACUAAUCUUUAUUUACACAACGUUAUGAGUCUCUGUUCAUAUAUUUGUAAUAAAAACCAUUCCACAUCA